AUGGAGAAGGCGAAGCAGGAGGAGGGUGAGAAGAAAGGUCCGAUCUCGACGAGCCCAAGAUCCGAUGGAAAAGAGGAGGGGGAUGGGAAUUGGGGGAAUUUGGUGAUGGAGUCAGAGCGCCAGGUUCCGAGGCAGAGCGAACAAGGUGCGGUUUCAACGCCGUGUUCGGGGUCCAAGAAGUCGGUGCAUUGGAGAACCGAUUUGGUGACACAAUCUCCUUCUGUUGCUUCCAAUGCUUAUGGCUUGAAUUCGCAUGCUUCUUUGUCUCCUUCCUCUUCAACUUCCAUCAAAGAGACGGUGGAUUCUUUAUGGACCGUGCUUGGGAGAUGGGGAAAGCAAGUCGGGGAAGCUACCAAAAAGGCUGAGGAUCUGGCUGGCAAUACGUGGCAACAUUUGAAAACAAGUCCAAGUUUUGCGGACGCAGCACUGGGAAGAAUAGCACAAGUGACCAAAGUAUUGGCAGAAGGUGGGUACGACAACAUUUUCCAACAAACCUUCGAUACAGCACCCGAGGAAAAGCUCCAAAGCUCCUUUUCAUGUUACUUGUCAACCUCUGUCGGUCCUGUUAUGGGCGUACUAUACGUAUCUACGGCCAAGCUUGCAUACUGUAGCGACAAUCCCCUUUCAUACAAGUCCGACGGCAAGACCGAAUGGAGCUAUUACAAGGUAAUCAUCCCAUUACAGCAGCUAAAGGCAGUGAACCCUUCCUCAAGCGGAAUGAACCCUGCUGAAAAGUACAUACAGAUAAUCUCUGGUGACAACCAUGAAUUUUGGUUCAUGGGGUUCUUGAACUACAAUGGUGCUGUGGAAUGCCUGCAGGAGUUCCCUGAGUUGCGAGCUAUACAGUCGGUGUAAUUGAGUGUACAUAAGGAAUGAUAGGGUUCAUCAUAGUCUGAUGCCUCUUGUUCUACUUCUUUUCUGGGCCUGAUCUCUCGAGACAAGUGAGCCCAAGCCCAUCAAGCCCACCACUUUUUGGGUGCGAUGGAAUUUUCUUUUUUUUCUUUAAUCAUGUCAUCACAUAAAUAGUCCUCAAAUAUUCUCCUAAAAUGGAUGUCUUUAGGCUUUAACAGCUCACACU